UGUGAUAUUGUUGAUCAAACAAUCCAAGGUUUCGUCUAUACCGUUCUGAGUCUAGACCAAAACGUACUGGCUGAAAGAUUUGACAGAUGGUUUGAUGUAAACAUAUGUAUUGCUCUAGUCAAGAUGUGAAGAACCAUGUAAUUCAGCUGCAAUGUAUCAUAAUGUGAACGUUACCUGCCGAUGAAGUACUGUGUGCAUUUAUGUCAGAAAAAAGCGAUUUUUCUAAUCUCUUAUCCACCACAGUCGACUUCAACUCGCAAUAUUGUUCUUGUAUGAUACAUGUGGGAAUUUGCUUGUUAAAGAGCCCCACUGUUCUCACCAUUGAUGCAGAAUAGAUCAAAGUCCACAUCAGCCACUCCAAGGACGUAGUCAUGGAUCUCGGAGAGGUAGAAGCCAUCGUCAUCGACAACGGUUCUGGGAUAUGUAAGGCAGGGUUCGCCGGGGAUAAUGAGCCACGAUCAACCUUCCCAUCCAUCGUAGGAAGACCACGACAUAACAAUGUUAUGACAGGGACGCAGCUGAAGUCGUCGUACAUCGGCAGCGCCGCCCAGAACAUGCGCGGCAUCCUCACGCUCCGCUACCCGAUCGAACACGGUGUCAUCAUCCACUGGGACGAUAUGGAGAAGAUCUGGUCCCACAUGUAUUACAGUGACCUCAGGGCCGUACCUGAGGAUCACCCCGUCCUGAUGACAGAGGCACCGCUUAACCCCAAAGCCAACAGGGAGAUCAUGUUGCAGACGAUGUUCGAGAAGUUCAAUGUUCCGGCUUUCUACGUCAGCAUCCAAGCUGUCUUGUCCCUCUACGCGUCAGGAAGGACCACUGGUGUUGUCUUUGACUCAGGGGAUGGUGUCACCCACACCGUACCUGUAUACGAAGGUUACUGCAUGCCGCAUGCUGUAGGGAGGUUCGAACUGGCCGGAAGGGAUCUGUCCAAGUACCUCGCCACAAUACUCACAGAGAGGGGCUACUUUUUUAACACUUCAGCCGAACUGGAGAUCGUCCGUGAGGUGAAGGAGCACCUGUGCUACGUCGCCGGCGACUUCGACAGCGAAAUGGAGCGAGCACAGCGCGACGCAUCCCAGGAGGCGCACUAUGAACUCCCUGACGGUGAGAUCGUCACCAUCGGCAACGAGAGAUUCCGAUGUCCAGAGGCUCUAUUCCGACCUACCCUUGUCGGCAUGGAGAACGUUGGCGUCCAGCACUACCUCUACGGUAGCGUCGCCGCAUGUGAUAUCGAUAUCAGACGAUUAUUAUACGGAAAUAUCGUCCUCUCUGGCGGCAACACCAUGUUUGAAGGCAUGGGAACGCGACUGGGGAAGGAGAUGCAGCGGCUAGCACCGAAUGAUGUCCCCGUUAAUAUCGUUGAGACUGAGGAUCGAAAGAACUCUGUCUGGAUGGGUGGUUCGGUUCUGUCCUCUUUAAGUACUUUUUGCAAUAUGUGGAUUACGAAAGAAGAAUACAAUGAAAGUGGUGCCGGGAUUGUCCAUCGAAAAUGCUUUUGAUGUGAACAAAAUACGGACGCGUUCUUUAAGUCGCAAAAACACAGAUUUGAUCUGCGCUUUGUUAUAUUUCUAUGAAGCAAUAUUGGAUCUGUAUGAUGAAUAUGUGAUAAGCCUUAUCGAUCGCAGUGUUUCUCAUGUGAACUAGGUGAAGACGCAUUAUACUAAAGAAUAUGGAAUAGUCUGGGGAAUAUUCGAAAUAUGAUUUGAGUCCCUUUUGAGACAAUAGUAGACAAAGUGGAAUGAAAGUGUAUGCCCUACCUGGGAAUAGUGUAUUAAAAUGAAUCUGAGGUAAAUCGUGGAACACUAACCGGAUAUUCGAUCUAUGGUUCGACCCAAAUCCUGAUUGAAGGAACAUGGAACAUGGAUAAGUAAGGACGUGAGUGGACUGAUGAUAGCCGUCGGAAACCUUUUUAGAUCAACUCAAGUUUUCAUAUCAAUUUAUUUGACUGCAGUAUGUGUCGCAACACGAAGCAGACGGAUGCUUUUCUCUCGGCAUUAUAUUCAUGAUAUUGAAGCAAUCUGUAUAACGAUCGAAUGAUAUAGAGACAUCAGAAUCAAGCUUCUACGGGAGGCAAGCACGUACAAAGAUGCUUCCAUCUCUUUUCUUAUUGAUCUUUGAUUCAAUGUGAAUCACGAAUAAAUAUAUUGUACAAGCGAAUCGAAAAAAAAUAACAACUACAUUAUUAUUAAGUUUAAUAUAUUAUAGGCCUAUGUGUUAUUUUUCGGUGGUCUUCUUGGUUUGGCCUCACUGGUAUGGAUAGUAAGCUGAACUCUCUUUCUACGAAUGUAGCUGUUAGUGCUAUGAUUCUAAGAA